UUUUUCUCUCUGGUCUCUGACGGCUGAUCCUGACAGCCGAUCUACAUUCUCUACUGCUCUUUCUUUAGUCGCUGCAUAUACAGCCUUGUCUUUCUUUGCGGGGGACUGAUAAUACCCCGAGAUUGAUUCCUGCAUUGUUGACCCGGUGUUUGGGUGGAGCCUCAGAUCGGAGAGAUCCACGCUUACAGCUGCGGAGUACUCUUAUCGACACCCUCAUCGCUUGAGCGAUUUAUGCGAAUAGAACAUUAUUCAAACAUAUCGCAUACUGAUAGAGGCAGCACUGAUGCCUUGACGGUCGUUCCCGUUCCAAAUCAGAUCAUCAUCGCCCAUUCGUUGUUUAUUCUAUAGCCUGAGAGCCGCGUUAUCCGACCAUUCCUGCAUCUGCAUUCCGCCAUGAUUCUAUUCCCCGCGCGCCGUUCGGGGGGCCGGCGAUCGUCGUGGAUGCUCCUCGUGGUUCUGGUGAUCGCUUUGUGUGCGGUUUCCGCUGUUGCGCAAGAUAAGACUGCUGUGGAUAAUCCCGACGCUGCGGCUACGGACGUCGCGUCGCCUGAAAAUAAGGAGACUGCGAAGGUACCUGCGGAAGAAUCUGCGAAAGAACCUGGGGAAGAAUCUGAGAAAGAACCUGAGAAAGAACCUGAGAAAGAACCGGAGAAAGAACCUGAGAAAGAAACGGCGACGGAAGAACCCACGAGCAAGGAGACGUCCAGUGAAGAAAAGACCACUGAAGAGACGAAGACGGAGGAAAAAACGACAGACUCGAAACCGACAAGUACCAAGACGUCGGAGUCAGAGACCACGACGGAUUCCGAGUCGACCACCUCCGAGACUUCCUCUGAGACUACAUCUUCGUCCGAGAAGACCUCGUCUUCCAAGACAACCGAUCACCCAGAAAUAACGGUUCCCCCGACGGCAGACGCGCCGUACAUGCAAAAGUCCAACACGCCCGAAGGCACAGUCUUCAUCGCCGUCGGCGCCGUCCUCGGCUUCCUCGGGUUCGCAGUCCUCGCAUGGCGCGGCAUGGUCGCCUGGUCCGUCAACCGCUCCGUCCGCCAAGCAGCCCUGGUACACUCCUCGGAAAGCAAAGGACUCCUCCGGUCCCGCCGCAAGAGGUCAACAGUCCGUCCCCAAGGCCCCGUCGCGCCCGUAUCUCUCGAGAAAAUGAGCGGCAACAAACGCUCCAGCCACAUGCAUCAACGCUCAACCAAGGUCCCCAGCUCCAGCAGCGGCCUCUUCUUCUCCCCAACAGCCGGAAUGCAAAGCAGCGGAAACCGAGCAUCAAACUACCUCCCCGCAGGAUACUACGCAGCCGGAAAUGCCACCGCAGGCGGGAGUGGCAGCGGCGGCGGCGGCAGCGGCGGCGGCCACCACACGCACUUCUCCGACCUCCCCGGAAUAGGACCCCAGGCACAAGGCUACACGCGGACAAAAUCAGGCCCCAGCCCACCAGGAACACCAACACAACAGCAGCACACACCCAGCGGCCCACAAGCACCCUACUACGGCUCCUCAACCAGCGACGUCAACCUCUCCCCCGCACCACCGGGUCGAACACCCAGCGCAUACCUCGAAGACCUCUUCGAGAACCACGCACCGCAAAGAAACCAAAACAAGCGAUAUCGGGGUUGAUACGCGGUUGCUCACUAUAUCUUGUUUUCUUCUUUUCUACGAGGGACGAUCGAUGUACGGUUUAUUGAUUGAUUGAUUAUUUGAUUGAUUGCCUUCUUACCUAACCUAGCUUCCUGGUUCUUGUUUAGUCCUUUUGCAUUUAACUAAUCUUUGAUUUAAUCCGUUGAUAAAGCAUGAAUUGCAUACAUACAUACUAUUUUUGUGUGGGAUCAACCGUCUUGUGUAAUGUUUAUAUCCCAGCAUGGCGUUCACUGCACCUCAUUUAAUCAUUCAUUCAUUCAAUCAAUAAAUCAACCUGCCGUCUACAACAACAGCUAGCCAUUGGUGUAUUCAGAUACCAAGUGAUUACGCGCGUUAUCCCUACAAUCAAGAGAAAGUUGGAAAAGUC